AUGGCCCGAAUUAGAGCAUGUGAAUUAAAUCAGGCUCAAUCGAAGAACGGUCUUGAGGUGCAAAUGAUCGGUGCUCCUGCGUUGCGCUCCUUGACCGGAUGUACUCGUCUGAAGGGUGAUUUGGUGCUUUCAAACGAAUCUUUUUAUGUCAGCACCACCGUUCCAGAUCACGAGCCUAUCAGACAUGUGGAUCAAUUGUGGGCGUUGCAUUCACUUCGUGAAGUGACCGGUCACGUGUAUAUGGAUCUGAGCUAUUUCGGAGCCAAUUUGAAAAAUCUCAGCUUUCUGGAAAAUUUGGUCAAAGUGAGCGGUGCCUCUGAAGCAGGAGCACAAUGUCAUCCGGACUGUGAUCUGAAUGGUUGUUGGGGUCCAAGACCUGAUCAGUGUGUACGAUGUCAGCAUCUACGUGCCGGCUCUCAUCUGUGCGUGCGAACCUGUGAGGCGGUUCGCGGAUUUUCCAAAGAACCAGUCAUUGUGAACUCGUCACUACUUACGUGGCCCCAAUACGCUCGACGUUUGCAAGAGGACGCCCAGUUUCGUGAAUCAGUUCAAACUGGCCCCGGCCAACCGGAGGCAUCUUCUGUUUGUGUACCAUGUCAUCCGGAAUGUAACGACACGUGUAGCGGUCCGUCUGCUGAUGAGUGUAUAGGUGGAUGUAAAACAGCAUGGUACAACGGCUUUUGCGUCUCCAAAUGUCCUCGAGAUACAUAUUUGAAUCGGAGACGUGGGAUUUGCGAACCAUGCAACGCCAAUUGUCAUCCACGUGAAGCCAGUCAGCAACCUAUUUGCAGCGGACCCGAGUCUCAUGCAGGCCCAGGUGGAUGUACAAAAUGUGAACGGUUCCUAAUUCGUCAAUCCAUAGAUACAAAUAACAAAACACUUAAGGAAUUGGAAGUCGAUAUCUCUCACGUGACUUGCAUACGUGGCGACUGUCCAGUCGGGACAUACCUGAGCACUGAAGUGAUUCACCCAUUCGCCAAUACGAGUCUCUCGGUUCACCUUGCGCAGUUGGCCGAGACACGAACUCAUUUGGUCCCCGUGUGUCGUCCGUGUCAUCCGUUGUGCCAGCAGUGCUCCGCCUAUAGCGUGUUCCGAUCGAAUGCGCAUCAACUGGGAUGCAUCGAGUCUGAUACGUACACAAUGAUGAAGCAAAACUCAACCACUUUGACAUUGGAAUCAACGACAAUCAGUACGAGUUUGCCUGUCGUCAACAAUCAGUCUGUUGAUGGAAAAGGUCCUUUGUUGGUCAACUUCCUUGAUGGAAACUGUUUAGCUUGCCACUUGGAAUGUCAAUCCGGAUGUUGGAAUGCGGGAAUCAACCAUUGCUAUCAGUGCUUACACUUUCGCAUUCAGUUAUCAUUUCUGCCUCCCGGUAUCACGAUCAAUCAGACGGACGUGAUGGAGUUCAAACGGUUUUGGACAGCGUCCGAGACUGGAGAAGAUUCCAAAAUUCAAUUUAUCUGUGUCCCUGUAUGCCCACCAGGGCUUCCGUUUCGUUUGAAACACCCAUCCACGAGAGAGAUGAUUUGCCACACACAGUCCACAUUUUCGAGUGCAGAACGAAAUCAGCUACUUCAGGAACAAACUCGCCCUGGUGCAGAUCAUAUUGCCCGAGUGAAAACCGGACCAAGCUCCGGAUUACUUUGGAUCUCCGGUCUCAUCGUCCUCGUGACCGCAUUCGUAUUGUGCUGUUGUUGUUUGCGUCUACGCUUGCGUGCUUGGAAUAAAAACCAGUCCCAACGGGGACGAGGCCGAUCUAUGGGGGCACGUUUGGGUUGGAAAUUGGCGGCUGCUUUGCGUCGUAAAACCGCACCGGGUGCAUUCGAACAAAUGAUCCCGUGGAAUGGUGGUGAAUCGAUUGAGUGUCAGUCAUUUGAUGCGAAUCCUAAUAGACGGGUGAAAUCCGACACCACGUGCUCCACCAUGUCACAGUAUUCACAUGUGUACUCCACCAACAUGAGUGGUCCAAAUCUCGGUCGCCUGGUGAUGAUCAAUUCGGAUGACUUAAUUCUGGAUGAACAGUGUGGUCCGUUAGGUAGUGGUGCAUUUGGAGCGGUGUACCGUGGACUAUGGCGCGUGCAAAGUCUUAACGAAGAAAGUUCAGGCUAUACCGAGAUACGUUCUGAGAUUGAAAAUACUGCACCCGGAACAGUAACAUUGGUAAAUCGUCCACAGUCAAUUCAGUCGUGUGGUACGCAGUCCACCGGGCUCACUGGCCACACGACUGAUGAUGACUGCGCUCAACCCUUGAUGCGUGUUGUUCAUUCAUCAGGAUCAGUCACACCUGGUACUGCUCGAGUGGGUCGAUUCAACGAGCGGCGAAUGUUACCUGUGGCUGUGAAAAUACUCAAUGACACCCGUGGCUAUUCAUGGCACUGUGGCGAAAUCUUUUGGUAUUUCGAGGAAACUCCACGAUUUCUCCGUGAUGUAGAUGUCAAACUUCUAUCCUGGAAUAAUAGUCCUUAA